CAGACAUGUCCGCUGACGUCACUGCGUAAGUCGCGAGCAGGACUGCGGCUGCUCGACAUCAACAAUAACAAUAACAACAACAAGAUUCCAGGCGCGACAUGACAGCGACAGUAAACAACAUGUUGUUGUUUACAUAACUCCACAUUUUGGCUUUCUGCUCCUCCGAGUGCAAUUUUGCCCCUUUUUUUUAUCGUGGCAGACACCCCGCCAGUCGAGCAUCAGACGCGGCCGUGAGGUGACACGACAGCCCGGUGCGGCAUCUGGCUCAGUAGGCCUCGCCGGUUGUUGUUGUUGGUGUUGGUGUUAUUGUUUGUUUGUUGUUUUUCGUCUUCUUCUUGUUCUCGGUGCGAGGCUAACAUGCAAGCUAACGGGGACGAGCCGUGCAGGAACGGAACCCAGAACGGAGAACCCGCAGCGGCGCGUGCCAACGGACUGUCGGUCAGCGACAACAACAACAACAACAAGAAAACAUCAACAACACCCGCAGACAGCAAAUGUUUUGUCAAGAAGAAGAAGAAGUGCUUGUCUCAGUGCGAAGAUGACGUCAUUAGACUCAUCGGACAACAUUUACACGAUUUAGGGCUCAAUCAGACGGUUGACCUGCUGAUGCAAGAGUCCGGCUGCAGGCUGGAACAUCCCUCCGCCACCAGGUUUCGCAACCAUGUGAUUGAAGGAGAAUGGGACAAGGCUGAGAGUGACCUCAACGAGCUCAAGGCACUGAUGCAUUCUCCUACUGCUAUUGUCCGCAUGAAGUUCCUGCUGCUGCAGCAGAAGUACUUGGAGUUCUUGGAAGAUGGCAAAGUCCUGGAGGCUCUGCAGGUCCUCAGGGCCGAACUCACUCCUCUCAAGUUCAACACAGAGCGCAUUCACGUGCUGAGCGGGUACUUGAUGUGCAGCCAUGCGGACGACCUGCGGGCCAAGUCCGACUGGGAGGGCAAAGGCCCCGCCUCCCGGAGCAAGCUGCUGGACAAACUCCAGACUUACCUGCCUCCGUCAGUCAUGCUGCCUCCACGCCGACUGCAGACUCUGCUCCAGCAGGCGGUUGAGCUGCAGAGGGAGCGCUGCUUGUACCACAACACCCAGCUGGACCUUGGACUGGACUCUGUGUCCCUGCUGCUGGACCACGGAUGCAGCCGGAAACAGUUCCCGUGCUACACUCAGCAAAUACUCACCGAACACUGCAACGAAGUCUGGUUCUGCAAGUUCUCCAACAACGGCACAAAACUGGCCACCGGUUCCAAAGACACAACUGUCAUUAUUUGGCACGUUGACCCGGAAAGCCGGCAGCUGAAGUUGAUGAAAACUCUGGAGGGUCACGCUUACGGCGUCUCCUACUUGGCGUGGAGCCCCGAUGAUUCCUACCUGCUGGCCUGUGGUCCGGACGACUGCUCGGAGCUGUGGCUGUGGAAUGUUCAGACGGGGGAGUUACGCACCAAGAUGAGUCAGUCGCACGAAGACAGUCUCACCAGUGUGGCGUGGAAUCCAGAUGGCAAGCGCUUCAUCACGGGUGGGCAGAGAGGCCAGUUCUACCAGUGUGACUUGGACGGGAACCUGCUGGACUCCUGGGAAGGCGUGCGGGUGCAGUGCUUGUGGUGUUUGAGCGACGAGCGCAGCGUCCUGGCGUCCGACACGCACCAGCGCAUCCGUGGAUACAACUUUGAAGACCUGACCGACAGGAACAUAGUCCAGGAAGAUCAUCCCAUCAUGUCCUUCACCGUCUCCAAGGAUGGACGACUUGCUCUGCUUAAUGUGGCCACUCAGGGGGUGCACCUGUGGGACCUGCAGGACCGGGUGCUGGUGAGGAAGUACCAGGGAGUGACCCAAGGCUUUUACACCAUCCAUUCCUGCUUCGGGGGCCACAACGAAGACUUCAUCGCCAGCGGCAGUGAAGACCACAAGGUCUACAUCUGGCACCGCCGCAGCGAGCUGCCCGUCGCCCAGCUCAGCGGCCACAGUCGCACGGUCAACUGCGUGACCUGGAACCCCGUCCUGCCGGGACUGCUGGCCAGCGCCUCCGACGACGGCACCGUCAGAGUCUGGGGCCCCGGCCCUUUUCUGGAGGUCCAGGAGGCAGAGGGACUCAAUGAUUGUUGCGUCAUGGACAGCUGAUCAUUGUCGUCAUGUUUGUUUACGUUGCCGUGGCGAUGACCAGACUGUUGAAACUGCAACGGCAGAAGCCCUGCUGAUUGGACGGCCGCUCCCUGGAGGCGGGACCGGCACCUUCAGGACGUCUCAGCGAUGCCGACCUGACCUGGAUCGCAUUCGUGGCGCUCACACUCUGACGUCCGCCUCCUGAUGGGAUCGUCACGUAGGACCACCUAUUUAUUACCACACACACUUUAUUCAGCGUGUGUGCGUGCGUGUGUGUGUGUGUGCGUGUGUGUGUGUGUGAAAAACAUCCUGUGUUUAACAGAAGAGACUCCAUGUUUUCACUUUCUAGUAUUUCUAACGCAGGAUUGCACAAAAUGGCGUGUUUGAUGGUGUCAUUGCACGUUUUUCUCUCCUGGUGUGGGUUCCUACCCUCCUCCUUGUAGGCUUCACCUGCUUAUCACGUGUAUCUAUUUAUACACAUUUGCACAUAUAUACAUACAUACCUAUAUACAUCUAUCUAUAUAUAUAUAUAUGUAUAUAUAUAUACAUAUAUAUAUAUAUAUAUAUAUAUAUACACACACAUAUAUAUACAUAUGUACAUAUAUAUAGAUAUGUAUGUGUGUGUGUAUAUAUAUAUAUAUAUAUAUAUAUAUGUAUAUAUAUAUAUUCAUAUUCACGCACACAUACAUAUGUAUGUAUGUGUAUAUGUAUAUAAAUAUAUAUAUACACACAUAUAUAUAUAUAUACAUAAGUAUAUACAUAUAAAAAAUAAUAUGAAAAAUAUAUACACACAUAUAUAUGUAUGUAUGUGUGUGUAUUCAUACACACACACACAAAAAAAAAAUAUAUAUAUACACUUCUCAAAACAUGGGAAGGUGUGUGUAAAGAAGAAUUAUAGCAACAAGUGGUGGUGAAUGAUAUUCACGGAAUCAAAGAAAGAAAUCAUCAGGACGACAAGGGAGUGUAGCACUGCUAGUCCGCACCACUGAAGAAGAAUGGAUGUUACAACAAUAUCUGAACAUGUAUCCAUGAAAAUAUGGAUAAGCUACUGGAAGGAGAGAGAGUACAAGUUGACUCUCCAAAGUAAAUACUGUACAUAAUGUCAUCCAAUUGUUUGUACUAAGUUCUAUUGUCUUCUUUUUGAUACACUAUUUAUUGUCUGGGAGUGCUCUUCCUGAUAGGCGUCUUACCUUUUGUAACGAGGGGGCGGGCACAGGUGAGCUCAUUUGGCUUUUUCAGCUCCCGCCUGCGUCACGGCGCCGAGAAGACUGCUCUCACAGGUGUGCGCUGUUUAAUUGCGUCACAGGUGUGUACUGUUCAAUUGCGUCACAGGUGUGCGCUAUUCAAUUGCGUCACAGGUGUGCGCUGUUCAAUUGCAUCACAGGUGUGCGCUGUUCAAUUGCGUCACAGGUGUGCGCUGUUCAAUUGCGUUACAGGUGUGCGCUGUUCAAUUGCGUCACAGGUGUGCACUGUUUAAUUGCGUCACAGGUGUGCACUGUUUAAUUGUGUCACAUGUGUGCGCUAUUCAAUUGCGUCACAGGUGUGUUCAAUUGCGUCACAGGUGUGCGCUGUUCAAUUGGGUCACAGGUGUGUAUUGUUCAAUUGUGUCACAAUUGUGCACUGUUUAAUUGUGUCACAGGUGUGCGCUGUUCAAUUGUGUCACAUGUGUGCUGUUCAAUUGUGUCACAUGUGUGUGCUGUUCAAUUGUGUCACAGGUUUGCACUGUUCAAUUGUGUCACAGGUGUGCGCUGUUCAAUUGCGUCACAGGUGUGUUCAAUUGUGUCACAGGUGUGUUCAAUUGCGUCACAGGUGUGCACUGUUGAAUUGUGUCACAUGUGUGCACUGUUGAAUUGUGUCACAUGUGUGCGCUGUUCCAUUGUGUCACAGGUGUGCACUGUUCAAUUGCGUCACAGGUGUGCGCUGUUCAAUUGCGUCAGAAGUGUGCGCUGUUCAAUUGUGUCACAAGUGUGCGCUGUUCAAUUGUGUCACAAGUGUGCGCUGUUCAAUUGUGUCACAGGUGUGCUGUUGAAUUGCGUCACAAGUGUGCGCUGUUCAAUUGUGUCACAAGUGUGCGGUGUUCAAUUGUGUCACAUGUGUGCUGUUCAAUUGUGUCACAUGUGUGUGCUGUUCAAUUGUGUCACAGGUGUGCACUGUUCAAUUGCGUCACAGGUGUGCGCUGUUCAAUUGCGUCACAGGUGUGCACUGUUCAAUUGUGUCACAGGUGUGUUCAAUUGCGUCACAGGUGUGCACUGUUGAAUUGUGUCACAUGUGUGCGCUGUUCCAUUGUGUCACAGGUGUGCACUGUUCAAUUGCGUCACAGGUGUGCACUGUUCAAUUGCGUCACAGGUGUGCUGUUCAAUUGCGUCACAAGUGUGCGCUGUUCAAUUGUGUCACAAGUGUGCGCUGUUCAAUUGUGUCACAGGUGUGCUGUUCAAUUGCGUCACAAGUGUGCGCUGUUCAAUUGUGUCACAUGUGUGCUGUUCAAUUGUGUCACAUGUGUGUGCUGUUCAAUUGUGUCAUAGGUGUGCACUGUUCAAUUGCGUCACAGGUGUGCGCUGUUCAAUUGCGUCACAGGUGUGCACUGUUCAAUUGUGUCACAGGUGUGUUCAAUUGCGUCACAGGUGUGCACUGUUGAAUUGUGUCACAUGUGUGCGCUGUUCCAUUGCGUCACAGGUGUGCACUGUUCAAUUGCGUCACAGGUGUGCUGUUCAAUUGCGUCACAAGUGUGCGCUGUUCAAUUGUGUCACAAGUGUGCGCUGUUCAAUUGUGUCACAAGUGUGCGCUGUUCAAUUGUGUCACAAGUGUGCGCUGUUCAAUUGUGUCACAGGUGUGCUGUUGAAUUGCGUCACAAGUGUGCGCUGUUCAAUUGUGUCACAAGUGUGCGGUGUUCAAUUGUGUCACAUGUGUGCUGUUCAAUUGUGUCACAUGUGUGUGCUGUUCAAUUGUGUCACAGGUGUGCACUGUUCAAUUGCGUCACAGGUGUGCGCUGUUCAAUUGCGUCACAGGUGUGCACUGUUCAAUUGUGUCACAGGUGUGUUCAAUUGCGUCACAGGUGUGCACUGUUGAAUUGUGUCACAUGUGUGCGCUGUUCCAUUGUGUCACAGGUGUGCACUGUUCAAUUGCGUCACAGGUGUGCACUGUUCAAUUGCGUCACAGGUGUGCUGUUCAAUUGCGUCACAAGUGUGCGCUGUUCAAUUGUGUCACAAGUGUGCGCUGUUCAAUUGUGUCACAGGUGUGCUGUUCAAUUGCGUCACAAGUGUGCGCUGUUCAAUUGUGUCACAUGUGUGCUGUUCAAUUGUGUCACAUGUGUGUGCUGUUCAAUUGUGUCAUAGGUGUGCACUGUUCAAUUGCGUCACAGGUGUGCGCUGUUCAAUUGCGUCACAGGUGUGCACUGUUCAAUUGUGUCACAGGUGUGUUCAAUUGCGUCACAGGUGUGCACUGUUGAAUUGUGUCACAUGUGUGCGCUGUUCCAUUGCGUCACAGGUGUGCACUGUUCAAUUGCGUCACAAGUGUGCGCUGUUCAAUUGUGUCACAAGUGUGCGCUGUUCAAUUGUGUCACAGGUGUGCUGUUCAAUUGCGUCACAAGUGUGCGCUGUUCAAUUGUGUCACAGGUGUGCUGUUCAAUUGCGUCACAGGUGUGCGCUGUUCAAUUGCGUCACAGGUGUGUUCAAUUGUGUCACAGGUGUGCACUGUUUAAUUGUGUCACAGGUGUGUUCCAUUGCGUCACAGGUGUGCACUGUUGAAUUGUGUCACGUGUGCGCUGUUCAAUUGUGUCACAGGUGUGCACUGUUCAAUUGCGUCACAGGUGUGCACUGUUCAAUUGUGUCACAGGUGUGCACUGUUCAAUUGCGUCACAGGUGUGCACUGUUCAAUUGCGUCACAGGUGUGCACUGUUCAAUUGCGUCACAGGUGUGCACUGUUCAAUUGCGUCACAGGUGUGCACUGUUCAAUUGUGUCACAGGUGUGCGCUGUUCAAUUGUGUCACAGGUGUGCACUUUUCAAUUGCGUCACAGGUGCGAACUGUUCAAUUGCGUCACAGGUGUGUACAAUUGUGUCACUUUAGUAUUUCCGGCAGUGCAAUGGCAGCUUUACGAAUGUGUGUUUGUGUGUGUGUUUUGAUUAGUCCAGAGCGGGUGUUGCUGACACAACAGGUGUGGUGGUGCGCCUGUAGUUACCUGCGUGUGAAGAAGAAAAGAUGUUCGUCUGCAUUUGUGAAAGAUGAUAAAAGUAGUUUCCUUCCCAACAGCCACUAGACAUGGAAAGAAGGUGAUGGUGGGUGAGUCCCGGCGUUCAGCAGCUGAACACAACAUUUAGUCAAAGUCAGGUGGAUUGUUCAUGUGGUCAUUUCCCAACCGACCAGGUGGAUCCAAGGUCAAACUUCAAGGUUGUCUCAAUGUACUAAUACAACCUUCUUUUAAGGUCACUUGUAGAGGACAUGUGGUGAAAUUACCCUCUGCACUUGACCCAUCACCCCCUGGGAGGUGAGGGGAGCAGUGAGCAGCAGCGCCCGCUAAUCAUUUUUUGGCGAUUUAACCCCCAAUUCCAAGCCUUGAUGCUGAGUGCCAAGCAGGGAGGUAACGGCUCCCAUUUUUAUAGUCUUUGGUAUGACUCGGCCGGGGUUUGAACUCACGACCUUCCAGUCUCAGGGCGGACACCCUAACCACUAGGCCACUGAGCAGAAUGUACAUAUGACCGACAUCGCCCCACAAAAUAAUCUCUCUUUUUGAAGACAUCACACUAGAGCAGUGGUCCCGGCUCGAUUGGUACACCUGAAUAAACCCCGCAGAAGAAUUAAAAAACUUUUUAAAAAAAUGUUAAAUCAACAGAAAAAACACAAGAUACACUUACAAUUACUGCACCAACCCAAAAAAACUCUCUUUUUCAUGAUCCCCCCAAAAAGAGGGACAAAUCAUCACCUCCAAUGGGCUCACCACUCAUUGGAGGGGCCAUAGAGGUCGGGUGCAUUGUGAGCUGGGCGGCAGCCGAAGGCAGGGCACUUGGCGGUCCGAUCCUCGGCUACAUAAGCUAGCUCUUGGGACGUGGAACAUCACCUCACUGGGGGUGAAGGACCCUGAGCUAGUGCGCGAAGUGGAGAAGUUCCGGCUGGAUAUAGUCGGACUCACUUCGACACACAGCAAGGGCUCUGGAACCAGUUCUCUCGAGAGGGACUGGACUCCCUUCUACUCUGGCGUUGCCGGCAGUGAGAGGCGACGGGCUGGGGUGACAAUUCUCGUUGCCCCCCCGGCUCAAAGCCUGCACGUUGGAGUUCAACCCGGUGGACGAGAGGGUAGCUUCCCUCCGCCCUCGGGUGGGGGGACGGGUCCUGACCGUUGUUUGUGCUUACACACCAAACAGCAGUUCAGAGUACCCACCCUUUUUGGGUACAUUGUGAUAAAAGUCAGACUUUUUAUGACAAAUGUCACCGUUUUGCAUUAAAAAGUAAUCAUUUCACAUAAAGUCUUCAUUUUACAGGAAAAUAUGACAAUGUUACAUAAACAGAAAGAAUAUGAGAAAUUGUUCCCAAUUUUAUAAGAAAAAAGUCGCCACAUUGUGAGAAAAAGACUGCUAUUAGUACAUUGUAUUUAUUUAUUUAUUGUUUUUUAAUCAUUAUUUACUUCAAUUUAUUACAGUAUGUUUCUAUAUACAUUUUUCUUUUAUAAUUAAUUGUGGCCAAAGGGGGCGCAUUUCAAUUCCUUACACACACUUGUUAUUUCAUAUGUUGACCAGAGGGAGAGCACUUGGAAUUUUGACACACACUUGUCAUUUCAUAUGUUGACCAGAGGGGGAGCACUUCAAAUGUUGACACACACUUGUUAUUUCAUAUGUUGACCAGAGGGGGAGCACUUCAAAUGUUGACCAGAGGGGGAGCACUUCAAAUGUUGACACACACUUGUUAUUUCAUAUGUUGACCAGAGGGGGAGCACUUCCAAUGUUGACACACACUUGUUAUUUCAUAUGUUGACCAGAGGGGGAGCACUUGGAAUUUUGACACACACUUGUUUUUUCAUAUGUUGACCAGAGGGGCAGCACUUCAAAUGUUGACACACACUUGUUAUUUCAUAUGUUGACCAGAGGGGGACCACUUCAAAUGUUGACACACACUUGUUAUAUCAUAUGUUGACCAGAGGGGGAGCACUUCCAAUGUUGAAACACUCUUAUUUCAUAUGUUGACCAUAGAGGGAGCACUUCAAACGUUGAUACACUUGUUAUUUAAUAUGUUGACCAGAGGGGGAGCACUUGGAAUUUCGACAGACACUUGUUAUUUCAUAUGUUGACCAGAGGGUUAGCAAUUCAAAUGUUGACACACACUUGUUAUUUCAUAUGUUGACCAGAGGGGGAGCACUUGGAAUUUUGACACACUUGUUAUUUCAAAUGUUGACCAGAGGGGGAGCACUUCAGAUGUUAACACACACUUGCUACCCUCUGGUCUUCUUUCCGUACUUGCAACUUGCCAGAAGCCGAAGCGGGACGUUCGUCAUGCUAGCAGAUGCCAUGUGACCUUGGCCGUGUUGUUACAGAAGUGAUUGUGCUGUUCUGUAUCGUCCUGUAAUCAUAUUUGAAAUAAAGAUUCAGGCUUUGAAA